AUGGCGGCGUCCCAAGCGAGAGCUGAUCCUCAGGGUGAAGAUGGGCAAAUAUUGCAGCUCUGUGAAUGGCAUGCCGCAGAGAACUUCAAGAAGCGAUUGUUAGACUCGGGCAAAUAUACGAAGAAACGAAGGGAAGAGCUCCUUCGGUUCGUUUGGGAUUACAUACAAGCUCCCGACGAGGCGCGACUUGAAGAACGGCGAGGCGAGCUGCUCGCAGAAAUUCGGGAGCCGGAACGCCUUUAUCCCAAGAAUAAUUGGCAACCGAAAGAGCGCCAAUUUGUCCGAGCACACACACGACAGUACCCGAACCUCGGAUGUAACAGCACACAGAGAAACGAAAGCUACCAUGUCGUGGUCAAACAGUCUCUCAACAGGCAGCUUCCCCUGCAGGCAUCUUGUCAAAAACUGGCCGAAAGCUUGAAGAAAUUGACUCAAAAAAUCACCGAAGACGAGGAUCGGAGCAGGGCGGACGUCCCAAGGCUGUUGGACCGAGCUGCUUUUCGCCUUCUUAUCGGGAAGGUUCCACACUAUGUCCUGAGCAAACUAGCUCCGGAGUGGGAGGCAGCAAAGGCCCUAAGGUGGGGGCAAAACACCGAGAUCGAGAAGGAGCGCGAGGCAUUGGGCGCUCUGAACGAGCCCGGAUGUCCUUCUGCGUGUGAGUUUCCACUCAGAUAUGGCCUGCCCUGUCGACACUGGCUGUACGAGGCUGUUGUUAGGUCCUGCGCUAUCCCACUCAAUCUUCUUCAUCCACGCUGGUUGAUCGACGGUCCUGACGUGGUACGCGGCUGGACCAUGUCUUAUGAAAAGCAGGCAGCUCCUGAAGAAGCAGAAAACCCAGGGACCGUUACCAAGAUGGCGGUAGGAACAUGGUUCUUCAAUCGGGAUUAG